ACACCAGCCGUCUACAGCAUAAUUUUGUACUUCCGAAUUGUUCUCUCGGUGUUGGUUUCCUUCAUCGUUUCACAGAGUUCAAAAGCAAGAUGCGGUGCUAAUUGCGAAAUUUUUUGAGGUUUUGGAAGGGGAAAAGAAAACAGCAGACAAUGCCUCGAUACAAAGACGAGCCUCCCGCAAUUCGCGUUUACACAGUCUGCGACGAAUCAAGAUAUUUGAUUGUGAGAAACGUUCCCGCUCUGGGUUGCGGCGAUGAUUUGUUGAAGCUUUUUGCGUCCUAUGGAGACGUUGAAGACUUUAAACCCAUGGAUGCAGAAGACUGUGAGCAAUUUACUGAUGUUUACUGGAUCAAAUUUCGUUUGGUCAGCAAUGCCAGGUUUGCAAAAAGAAAAUUGGAUGAGUUUGUUUUUCUGGGGAAUCGAUUACAGGUAUCAUAUGCACCUCAUUUCGAGAGCCUCUCUGAUACCAAGGACAGGUUAGAAGGGAGGAGAAAGGAAGUUCUUGCCAGAUUGAACCCUGGAAGAUCCAAGGGGCCUAGAGUUUAUAACACAGGUGCUUCAAGUGAGGCUUCAAUGGUUUCAGCUACAUCGCAGACUGGCUACAUUUGUCAGCAUACAAACUCUGAUCAAUUUUGGGACGCUGGAGGAUCACAACAUAAGUCUCAAAUAAAUGAUCCUCCCAUCACACAGGUUUCCUCUGAUCAGGAAUAUUUUCCGUCCCACUCUAUGAAUCAGACUGUUAGGCUGGUCAGGGAAAAGCUCAAUAAGAUUCAAUCAGGUACCGAGCACCUACAAGCUGGUCCUGCGCCCAAGAAAACACGACUUGACAAUAGAAGAAGAAUCUGAUGGAAAUCAUGGAGAAAAUCAUCUACGUUCACAAUUAGUGUUAUUUUACUCUACUUUCACAAGCUGGUCCUGCUGCCAUUGUUAUUUUGCUGGUGUUACCUUCCUCACAGCAGUAGCUUUCACAUUCAUGUCAACUACUUAUGUAAAUUACAAUCAGACUACACUAAUUUAAAAGCUGAUUUCUAGUA